ACAUUACUAAGCUAACACUAUUAUUUUUUUCUCUAACUUUGGAUUUUCUCGAGAAAAUUUGUUCAAGAAAAGGAAAAUGGCUAGGUCUGCUAAAGGCCAUCAAGAUGAAGAAUUGGUCGAUGAUGAUGACGAUCAAGACAUCUUCACACCAAACACAUCUUCCUCUAUCAACAACAACAACAAUGUGAAGGUGGAUGAACCCAUCAGAGGGAAAAGGGCUAACCCUCAUCGUUCUAAGCAUUCAGAAACUGAACAGCGUAGAAGAAGUAAAAUUAAUGAAAGAUUUCAGGCUCUGAGAGAUCUCAUUCCUGAAAAUGAUUCAAAAAGAGAUAAAGCUUCCUUUUUGUUGGAGGUUAUUGAGUAUAUUCAUUUCUUACAGGAAAAGUUACAAAUUUAUGAACAUCCUUAUGAAGGAUGGAAUCAGGAGCCAACUAAAUUAAUCCCAUGGAGAAAUCAUCACGGACCUUCUGAAAAUACUACAGAUCCUUCUCGAGCUAUUCAAAAUGGGUCUGUUGAUGGAAAAAAUAUUGUCUCUCCGUCAUUUCCUAAAAAUGUACAGAACCCAAUAUUGUCUGACCCCUCCACAACUAUUCCGAAGGGUUGCACCCCUGGUUCAUCGACAGAAGUAGUUCCCCUGACCAUGCAAAUGCGAUUGGAUAUGUUUGAUCCGGUUGUUAGCGGUGGUAUGGUGACUCAACAGAUGCUGGAGUUGCCUGUAUCUAAUCCUGACAUGGCUUCCAAUCUCCAGCCUCAAGUAUGGCUUGGCAAACCAAACAAGGACAAUCAUAUUGUUUCAGAUAAUACAUUGAAGGAACAAGAGGAGAUGAAAAUUGAUAGCGGAUCAGAGUCAGAUAGUAUCUCAAGUGCCUACUCUCAAAGAAUAUUGGGUACUCUCACCCAAGCGCUACAAUCUUCAGGUGUAGAUUUGUCCCAGACCAAUGUAUCGGUAGAUAUUGAUGUUGGUAGACGAACAAAUACUGGAUUUACCCCCUGCCAAUAUAGCUCAAAGAGUAAUGAAAAUCAAUUUGUGAGCAAUCAAGCAAUAGCAUGUUCAGGAAUGGAUUACUUCAGUGAGGAUUCUGAACAAAGUUCAAAGAGGUUCAGAAGAGAAGCAAGCUAGUGAUUCUCCUCAUAUUCAUUUUGUUCUGUUUAAAUAUUUCUUUUUUUUUAUGUUGAGCUGAGGGAAAGUGGGAUUGGGUAGGUCAGGUUAUUUUUUUCAUGCUUAGUAGAUCUAGAUUAAAAUGUAUAUUUCAUGAUUCUGGUUUUGAAACAAGGACAUUUUAGAAUAAACGUCUGGAAGAGCUUAUUUAUAACUUGUUUGGAGUUAUGACACCAUCACUUGUGUAAGUAUUUAAGAGAAUUUAUAAUAGUUUUAGCUUAUUCUAA